GGUGAUUGUGGCUUCUGUAUAACUGACCGCACUGUCAAGCUGCUGAAAUGACUGGAUCGGAGAAGUGUUUGGCUAAAGGCUGCCCAACACCGGGCCCAGUCCCUGAAGGAACAAUUCGUGUGUACAGCAUGAGAUUCUGCCCAUAUGCCCAGAGUGCGAGGCUUGUCUUGGCUGCCAAAGAAAUCAAGCAUGAAGUAAUAAAUAUCAAUCUGAAGAACCAGCCAGAUUGGUUCUUUGAGAAGAGCCCAUCUGGCCUGGUACCAUCUCUGGAGACCAGCAAUGGCCAGGUGAUCUAUGAAUCUCCAAUUGUGUGUGAUUAUCUGGAUGAGGUUUAUCCUGGGAAGAAGCUGACCCCUGCAGACCCAUUCCAGAAAGCUCAACAAAAGAUGACGGUGGAACAUUUUUCCAAGGUCACAGCUGUGCUGUAUAAGAUAUUGUGUGCCAAAGCAAAUAAUGAAGACCUAUCAGGUGCGAAAGAAGAACUCCAGGAGAAGUUGCUUAAACUCGAUGAGAUCCUGGCUAAACAAAACAGCCAUUUCUUUGGUGGAAGUGAAGUUUCUAUGGUUGACUACAUGAUUUGGCCCUGGUUUGAACUGCUCAUCAUUUUUGAUGUGAAGGAUUGUUUGAAUAAAACCCCACUCAUUGAUAAGUGGUGUCAACAGAUGCUACAGGAUCCAGCGGUCAAGGCAACAUAUAUUGAACCAGACGCCAUGUUAAGCUUUUUUAAGCUGUACAUCCAGGGAGAUCUGGAGGCUUGUGAUUAUGGUCUCUAACCAACUCUCUGCCAUGUAUUAUUGCUGAUUUGCACUUCCACUGUAAUCAGUAUUUUAGAACCCAAUAAAUGUGCCUUUCAACCUA